AUGGCAGCCCAGGAGGCUCAACCCUUCCACUGGAAGUACGACGAGUUGGACGACAAGAACUACCGCGUCCAUGGCCACAAUACCUUCCUCCUUCUCCAUCCUCUUAUGCAUCAUCCUCCUCUGCCUGUACCCGAUACGGGCUCAUUGAGCAUGUCACCUUCUGCGACUUCGCAUCCGGCAUCUGGCCUCGGUCCGCAGAUCAGCGAUAUCUUCCCGGUGCACUUGCACCGAGCGUCAGGGACCGGCGAGGAGGCGCAGUGCCCCAUUUGCCUGAGUAACUUGAGAGACGGAGACAAGGUGAAGGUGUUGCCCAGCUGUGUAGACAUGGGUUUCGUGUGUGAGUGCGUCGACGCGUGGUCAAGGGCUCACACGAGCUGCCCACCGUGCAGGGCGGGGUGGCUGUGGCUUUAG